UGUUCGUUUUCAAGUAAAUGGAAAUAUAUAGUUUUCAUCAAAAAUAUUUAUCUAUAAAGAUUAUGACGUGAAUAAUAAAGAAAAUACGUAAUAUUUGUGGACACAUUGGAAUUGUUUUGAAUGUAAAGAAUAAGAAAUUAAACAUCGAUCUGAUUGGAUUAUUUGAUUCACCAAUCAUGGCGUACUUUUUAAUAACCAAUCACAAAGAGUCAGGAUGUUAAACUAUGUUCGCGUUUACUACGCAGUCUUGGAUUAGCAGCGUUCGUGUUUGGUACGCCCAUGAAGUCGAAGAAACGAAUGUUCGUUGGUCAGUAAUCGCCAUUUUCUUAAUCUUAUGUAUAAAUUUAUAUUUUGAGAUUAGAGGAGAGAACUUUACGACGACAGGAAGAACAACGACAACGACGAAGACGGAAGAACGUAAUGCGCAGCAAAACGCUGCAACUGCUAACGCGGCUGCUGCAGCAGCAGCCGCAGCUGCUGCGGUGAGUGCAGCGAUCGCUAAUGGAACACCUCUCAACGCUAAUAACAAUUCUACAACACAAAGCAGAAAGCGCGAAGCCGACAGCGAUGUUAAGCAGGAGAAAGAAACGAAAGAGGAACGUAGGAAGAGGAGGAAAACUAGAUGGAGUGGUAGUGAACAUGACAAAACCUUUAUACCCGGGAUGCCUACAGUUCUACCGACUAAUCUGACCCCUGAACAGGAGAAAGCUUAUCUCUUUCAGCUGCAAAUUGAGGAAAUCAGCAGGAAGCUACGCACUGGAGAUCUUGGAAUACCACUUAAUCCUGAGGAAAGAUCUCCAUCACCAGAGCCAAUAUACAGUAGUGAUGGUAAACGGUUAAAUACAAGAGAAUAUCGUACAAGACGUAAAUUGGAAGAAGAACGACACAAUCUCAUACAGAAGAUUCUCAAAAUAAAUCCGGAAUUUAAGCCACCACCAGAUUACAAGCCUCCAAUCAUACGUGUUCACGAUAAAGUAAUGAUUCCGCAAGAAGAACAUCCAGACAUAAACUUUGUUGGUUUACUUAUUGGACCACGUGGGAAUACUUUGAAAUCAAUGGAAAAAGAAACUGGUGCUAAAAUAAUUAUUCGCGGUAAAGGUUCUGUCAAAGAAGGGAAAGUAGGUAGAAAAGAUGGGCAACCUUUACCGGGAGAAGAUGAACCGUUGCAUGCUUAUAUAACUGCAAAUAAUUUAGAAGCCGUAAAGAAGGCUGUUGAAAGAAUCCACGAAAUUAUAAGACAAGGCGUGGAAGUUCCUGAAGGUCAAAAUGAUUUACGACGUAAUCAAUUGAGAGAGUUAGCAUUACUUAAUGGAACAUUGCGUGAAAACGAUGGUCCUCGAUGUACGAAUUGUGGUGCAUCGGAUCAUAAAUCAUGGCUUUGCCCAGACAAACCAAAUGUUACCAAUAAUAUAGUAUGUUCAAGUUGUGGAGGGGCUGGCCACAUUGCACGAGAUUGUAGAUCUAAACGUCCUGGACAAGGUGGUCCAGCAGCUGCAGGAAUGGGAGGAAUGGGACCAGGGGGAGAUAAAGCAAAGAUAGAUGAAGAAUAUAUGUCUCUUAUGGCAGAAUUGGGUGAAGGUCCACCACCGGAUAGAUCAAAGUCUGGACAAACUCGACAACCUGCACCAAAUCCAAAUUACCCUGGAUUAUUCGAUAGGCAACAGGCACCUCGCGCUCUGAUGGCUGCACCGGCACAUCCACCACCUCAAAUGAUGCAAGGUGGGCCUAUGAUGCCACCACCGGGUAUGGCUCCGCCACCAUGGAGUCAAGGUGACGUAAAUAACAUGAAUGGAAUGAACAUGCAGUGGCAACCACCAGUUAGUAUGCCGCCACCACCAGGUGUCAUGCAACCACCUCCACCUCCUCCUGGAUCUACCACUCAACCGAAUAUUCCUCCAUUGAUGCCCUGGAUGGCUGGGAACAAUCAGCCACCACCACCGGGACAGAUGCCACCAACGCAAAUUCCACCGCCUGGAAUGGGUAUUCCACCAUGGCAGCAAGGGCAGCAAGGACCAAUGCGUCCACCGCCUCCUGGAACGGCACCACCUCCAGGAUUUCCAGGGUGGCAACCUCAGCAAAUGGGUGGUUGGCCUCCUGCAGCUCCCGUUCCACCACCACCACAGCAGCAACAAACUCCUGCGCCACCAGGAAUCGAUCUAAAUACCUUACCUACAUUAUUGGCUCAACCACCACCACCUCCACCGCCCACUAGUUAGUGUGAAAAGUAAUUAAAUCGCACGAUUAAAUAUUUAUAAUCCUACCCUGUAGGAUCACAAUUAGGUAGGAUUAAUAAUAGUUGGGGUCCUACCCUCUUAAUAUUACUCUGUAAUAUGAUAAAUUAUAUGAUUUUGUUAUAUUGAAAGAGACUUGAUCAUCGAAUUUUAGAAAUAGUUGAUGUAUUGAGUUUCCUAAUUAUAAUAGAACGUUAUGUCUUGUGAAACUUGGUUUAUUCCAAAUAGUAUUGCGCAUAACAAAGAUCCAAGUUCUUAAUAGUUACUAUACAGUGUAUUUCCUAAAAUACGAACAGUGUGUUAAUUACACAUUGAGACGACAUUAAUUACGUGUAUUAUUGGUAUAAAGAGUAGGUGAGGUAUUUAGACUCGUUUAUCAUCGAUUAUAAACUGAAAUAAUACUUAUCUUUCUUACAAGGAAAGAAACUAAUUGUAAUACGUUGCGCAUUUUUUAUAAUGCAAAAUGUCCCUGUUACGUUAACAAUAAAAAUCUUGUUAACAUUGCACAUAUAAUUAUACAAAUAUCAUUUGCUUACUAUUUGUAUAAAUUAUAUCAUCAUAGUAUUAAUUCAGGUUUUUUGCACAGCACAUUAGUAAUAUUAAGCUUAAUAUGAAGAAUAGUAGUAAAGUACUAUUCUUAUUAGUACAAACUUGCCCAGAGUGUAUUGUUUGUGCAUAUAAUGUCCAAUUCAGGAGAAUAUAUACGGUAAAUAAGUAUCAGAGGGAAAUAAAAAGCAAAACAAAAAGAAAGUAAUAAUUUUGCAAUAUUGAAGAAAAAUAACAUUCAGAAUUUUUCUUAGCUUUAUACACGUGUAAAAAGAAAUUUAUCUAAAUUUAUAUGAAUAUAUGCACAAACAUAAAAAGAUAGUAAAUACCAGAAGUGGCGUGUUUCGAGAAUACAGUAGGAAUAAUAUUACUUUAGAAUAUAGAAGUUAUUUUGUAGUUAUACAAUUAAAAAAAAAAAGUAUAGUCAAUUAUACUUUUAAUAUCAUUUAAAAUACCACCUAAGAAUAAAUGGACAUAUGUAUUUAUAAGUUAAUUGGAUUGCUGCUUUUUCUAACAAAUAAUGUUUUUAUUUUUUAUUAUGUUGGUGUUUGUUCUAUUUAUAUAUACACGAUAGAAAAAUUAAAUUAAAAAAUGAAGAUACUUAUAGAUCAAUUGUGUGCGUGAACAUAAAGAAAUCAUUAAAAUUAGAGAAAUUAUAAAAUAUAUGAGUAGUCAGGAAAAAUGAAUGUUUACACUUUUGCUUAUGUAUUUAAUGUACCUUAACUAUUUAUAUGUCCAAUAUUGAAUGAAUUAUAAAUAUUAGUUUAGUUGGAUUAAUUACAGACUAUAUUGUUUUCAAAAGAUAAUAAUAUUAAGCUAUUAUUAUUACGAGUUUAUUCCAUUAAAAAUAGUUUUGUUAUUGAAUUUGCUAUUGGAUUGAUAAUAUUGUGAAUAAAAUCAUUCAAUUGUAUUAAUAAUCAUAAAAACACAUUUAAUGUUAAUAGCAUCACAUAUUAAGACAGAAAUGUGUAAAAAUAUUUACGGGGACAAUGCUAGUUUGCUUAAUGUUUAAUCUGUAAACAAUAAAGAUAUUCAUUAAAAAUA